AUGGCGCCCACGGACCUGGUGGCUGAGCACCGCAGCCGGUCGCCGCGCAGGCAGGCGGCCAACGCGGAGCAGCAGGCGGCCCAGGCGGAGCAGAUCACGCUGCCAAGUGCAGCGCUGAGGGCGGCGCUGGACGUGUGCAAGCUGGCCGACGUGAAGAUGACCGAGGCGACGGACGCGCUCGAGAAGGCCCUGCAGUGCAACGGCAAGUGGAGCGACUCGCUCGUGCAGGCUCUCAACACGAACCAGCAGCUGGGGAAGGCCCUGGAGGCCCUGACGACGGCCCUGGAGGAGAACGCGAAGCUGAAAGAGACAGUGCAGGAGCUGACGGGCCGAGUCGAGGCGCUCGAGGGGAAAAAGAAGUUCGACCUGCUCGAGGCCAACAGCUCGAAGGACGACGACAAGGACGGCAAGGGCGGCGGCACGCCGAAGGACGACGGUUCCAAGACGGGCGACGACUCCAAGGGCGAUGGCGCGCCGAAGGACGACGGCUCCAAGACGGGCGGGGGCGACACAGCCGGUACAGGCGACCUGUACGGCUUGGGCAGCGACGAGGGCCCGAGGCAGCACUCGUCCUUGAAGCAGGACGGCAACACCUACGAGGGCAAGGACAACGGCACCUACGCGGGCAAGGACGGCAGCACCUACGAGUGCAAGGACAACGGCACCUACGGCACCAACGAGGGCAAGGACGAGAGCCCCCACGCGGACAGCACGGGCGACGGCAGCGAGCAGCAGGACGACGUCGACCCCGACAGGUACCUCAUCAGCAGCAUCAAGAACGGGCACGAGUUCUUCGAGCGCGAGGCGAGGGAGGCCGAGGAGUGGCGCAAGCGGACUUUCGCAACGUGCGCGAAGUGCGGACUCUACCAGGUGGUGGCCACUUUUGCCUGCGUAGGGUGCUGCUGGCCAGUCUUCGUGAUCUAGGCGACGCCAUCAAAGGCUGAGCGCCUACACCAGCACCAGCGCCGACGCGCGGCUGGCGCCAGCACCGACGCCAGAAAAACUUUUUAG